CGUGUUCGAAAGGUACAAAAACGACCGCAAUCCGCAAUCACGCAGGUCAGGGAUACCGAUGGCAGGCUCCGGCGAAAGCGCGAGAACUACGGCGGCGUCGCCUCCCGGGCCGCCCCCCGGGUUCGGCGAGGGUGCCCCGCCGGACAACGCUCUGCACGCCCUGGGCUUCGAGUUCACCCGCAUCACCGGGAGCGAGGUCCUCGGCCGCCUCGCCGUCACCGAGACCUGCUGCCAGCCCUUCAAGAUUCUCAACGGCGGCGUCUCGGCGCUGAUGGCGGAGUCGACGGCGAGCAUCGGCGGGUACAUGGCGUCCGGGUACCGGAGAGUGGCCGGCGUGCAGCUCUCCAUCAACCACCUCAAGCCCGCCCGCCUCGGCGACCGCAUCGAGGCCAAGGCGAACCCCAUCCAGGUCGGCCGCAACGUCCAGGUUUGGGAGGUCCAGAUAUGGCUGUUGGAUCCUAACACAUCGGAGCACAAAGAUUUGGUAUCAUCAGCAAGGGUUACCCUACUAACCAACUUGUCAACACCAGAGGAAAUGAAGAGCUAUGAGAAGGGCAUCAAGAAAUAUGCAAAGCUUUAGGAACCGUAAUAUGUUAAGCGCGAUAUAUUGCAGUCCAACAAAACUUAAGUACUCCCUCCGUCCAAAAAUACUUGUCAUCAAAAUGGAUAAAAAGAGAUGUAUCUAGAACUAAAAUACAUCUAGAUACAUCCCCUUUUAUCUAGUUUGAUGACAAGUAUUUCCGAACGGAGGGAGUAUAUAAGUUGAUAUCCAAAUCACUUGAUCAAGAAUGUAUCACUUGCAAUUUUUUGCAAAUGUCCACGACUACCAUGACAAGCAUGUAUCACUUGAUCAAGAAUUUUAGUCGGGAAGUGAUGAUAAUCCAAGUAAAAAUUCAGAUAGUCCUACAGCUUGCA